GAGCCUCUAAUGUGUUUCCUUUGCCGAUAGUUCCCUUCCUUCUUCAAGUCUCUGCACUCCUGAUCUUGUCGUAUUUCCUAGCAAGCUGCAUUUUCUUCUCCCUCAAAUCAAAGUCUGCUGUACAGUGCCUAAGGGUACCAGAUUAUCAUCACCGUCUAUGUCCUGGCGUCACAGUCGCCGGCUUGCAUUAUCUGAUCGGUGGUGGAUCAUUCGGAAUGCUAGAUGGGCCAUAUCUAUAUCGUAUCGUGUAAACUAUGCCCUAAAUCUGCCUAACAUACUUCGGGAACUCAGACGCCUACGGAUUAGGAAUCCGACUCAGCAUCUACCUGCAAUGGCAACCUCAAGUCAUCAACAAGUCAUCUUCCUAAUCUCGAUAUUCGUUGCAGCGAUCGUGCUUCCUACGGCUGGAGACCCCAAGCACCCCGCCGUCGAUAUCAUCAUCCUGGAACAAAUUUUCUUCGGUUCAACCUACACGGUCUUCGUCGAUAGUCACAUCAUCGACAACUUGGAGAGGACCUAUAGUUUCUGGGGCACCUUAUUCAAAUCGGCAAUUCCGGCUGGAAUGAUAGCACUUUCGAUGUGGUUCUGAAUCCACGGCUUGGAUGAGCUUGAACCGACGUGUGGCGGCACCAUAGGAUUUCUGUUUGCGCCUGUUGAUGUGAUGGGCGGAGCCAGAGUGGCUUUCACUAUAUGUUCUCUGUCAAACUUUCUAAACUGGUUGGCCGCUCUCGGUAAUGUAAUCUAUGGUCGGAUCCUUCAUUUCGGGAGGGUUUUCGAUGUCCUCGUCGGAAAACAAAGAGCUCACAUCAACGACGUUCCUGAACAAGCAGGGGCACUAACUCGUAUAUGGGAG